AUGUUGACCCGUUUUAUUUGUCUCUUCGCUCUGCUAGCCGCAGUAACUGCCACCAGCCACGGGUGGCCAGAGCCUUGGCCGUCGCACUGGCGCGACCCGAGCAGCGAUGGUUCCCCUUUCCAGCAGGUUCCCAUUUCGGUCGAGGACGGUGACGCGGAGCGAGGCUGCCGGCUAAGCAACAUUACCUCGAACGAGAUGGCAAAGGGCAGGACCAUUGUGGAUUUCCCCUUGAGGGCCGUGGGCAGCCUCGAGGAGCCAAAGCUUCAACCGCUCAACUCUUCGGGUGGCGAGCAGUGGGAGUUUGACGGAGUUUCCGAAGACGGGAUGCAGUCGUUCAUUUUUGGAUUUUACCGAGACCCCAACUACGCCAUCCUCGGGACUGGGAACCUGCGCUUGUCGAUCGAGUUUGCAUUUGCGGACCGCACACGCUUUGCCGAGGUGUAUUACGCCGAGCGGUCCGUCGUCGAGACGUGCUCGCUGGGGACCCGCGGUCUUUGGAUUGACGAGAAAAACGGGUGGCGUUUCUCCUUCCUUGUCGACGCAGCCAUGCAGGAGGCUAUCAUAACCCUGGAUUCGGAUACUCUCAAGGGCAGGGUCACUAUGAAGUCGCGGUCCAAGCCCCUCGCCGCAGAUGGGACGACCUGGCCGGCCGAAAACGCAUCUACGGUCACCAUUCCGUACUAUCACUGGUCGCAACCUAUCCCGGCAGGGACGGUAGAGACGGACGUGGAGAUCAAGGGCAAAGUCACUCGGUGGAAGGGCAUGGGAGGCCACGAGCGGUUCUGGUCUGCCUUCAGUUGGUUCACCUGCAUGAGAAGCCUCCAAGCCGUACGGGCCAUGCUGGGCCCUUACGUGCUGAGCUACUUCUCCUUUACUUCCAACCUCGUCCCGGACCUCACUCACCAGUCGGUCGUCUUGUUCCACGACGGGGCUCCAAUCUUUCAAAGCACGGUCGGGACGCCGUCCGAGACGCAAGACUACGCCCUCGUCACCAAGACGUACGGCGGGGCCGUCACGGGCACCCUGAAGGACAAGGUCACCGGCUUCCAGCUGGAGCUCGUGUCGCCAUCCCGGAUGCGCCACUACACCUUUUUCGCCGAGCACCGCAGCGUUGGGUUCGAGUACAUCCUCGGCGAGGGCGUCGGCGGCAGCGGCUUCUCUGCUCAGUCGAGGGGGGGACACGUCGGGUUGGACCAGUACGAUGGAAUCGCGCUUACCGAGGCCUUGACUUUUCCCAAGAACUCGCCGCUUUUUAGGAGCAACUAUGUAGAUUAG